AUGUCUACCCCAAAGUCACCUCGGUUAGCGGAGCUACCGUCCCUCAUCUGGCAGUUUACGAAAAGCGACUUUUCAACUUUUGUCUUGCCUAAUACAGGAUUCGGCCUUCUUGCGACAUUCUCUGCGCCAUCAUUGACUGACUGUACCGACGGGAUUGCGGUCUGGGCUCUGCUGCUCCGGGGUCUCCCAUGCAUGUUGAUAUUCAACUGGGGAAACCUGCUAGUAUUCGAUCUAGCCAACCAACGCCUCCCGGAGUCAAUACGGGAAGAUUCGAUGAACAAGCCCUGGCGCCCACUGCCUAGCGGACGGAUCAGCCCCAUCGUGACGCGACACUUCUUGCUUGGAGUGGUUCCGGCUGUCUUGGCUGUCAGCUAUGCCCUCGGGGUAGGGAACGAAAGCGCGCUGAUCUUAAUCCUCACCUGGAUGUACAAUGACCUAGGUGGCGGCGAUGAGCUUACAAGAGACCCCAUUAUUGCCGCCGGCUACUGUCUCUUCCUUGUCAGCUCCCUACGGAUAGCUAUCACUCCGCGCUUCCAUCUCUCACAAUGUGGGUAUUGUUGGCUGGCCAUGAUAGGCGGGAUGGUUCUCACUACAAUGCAUAUACAGGACUUAAAGGAUCAGACUGGAGAUCGUGAGAGAGGACGCAAGACAUGGCCACUGGUACUGGGUGACAAAGUAUCGCGCAGGUGGCUUACCGGCGCCAUUCUAUUUUGGAGUCUCGCCUGUGUCACCUUCUGGAACACGCCGCCCUGGGUAUCUUUAGUUCCCAUUUGCAUGGGGAUUGGGAUAGGAAUCAUCGUUAUGCGGGGAACUGAUGAUGCGCGGGCCUGGAAGCUUUGGUGCAUUUGGCAGGUUGUUCUGUAUGCCUUGCCAUCAUUGUCCCAAUGGUUAUGA